AUGGACGUCUUCGCCUCGUAUGUGGACGAAGAUGAGCUAAACGACAGCGAGGAGGAGAGGGUCGAGGAGGCUGUUGUCCCAUCAUUCGAUGCCGGCAGUGCGGCCGCGACUCUUCUUCCGCUCAGCGUGGAUUUGGCCCCAUCAGUCACUCCCAUUCUCGGGCUGGGCGCGUUUGCCAGGGCGGACUCGAAGGAGGUGACGUUCAACCCCAGGGUGGACACUCUCUACGCGCCCGUCCAGGGACCCGCCACGCUUCCACCGGGCGUGCGACGGGACACCAUCAACAACACACCCACGGGACACGUCGAGCGGACCAACCUCAACACGUUCCUCUUCGACCAGCAGUACCACACCUUCCACUGCUACGGCUUCGCCGCCGACCCCACGGUGAACGCCCAGACACACUCCAUGAUCGGCAGCACCGAGCGCCAGCAGACCAAGGGCGCCACCAGCGUGUUCGACCCCAGCCCGUCCGCCCGCCAGCUCAGGAAGCAGGCGAAGAAGAAGAGGGCGCAAUCAGGCGACCCCGGCACAGAAGAGUACCUCGGCCCCUGGGCUCCGCCGAAGGACGAGACGGCUCCCGCGCAGCUGACGGGGGAGGAAGUGGCGGCCUAUGAGGCGUGGAAGCCCAUCAGCAAGAAGAAGAGGAAGCAGAUGGAGAGGCAGGCCAUGCUGGCAGAGGAGGGCGAAGGCGACGAGGAGCAGGAGGAGCAGGAGAAGCCCAAGAAGGAGAAGAAGAAGAAAAAGAAGAAGAACAUCGAGACCAUCUUCGAGCAGGAAGACGAGGACGCGCCGAGCAACCGCGCCGCUGCCGGCGGAGAGGAGGAUUCUGACGAUGACGAGUCGCGACCUCCGGCGCCUGCGUCGCGAGUGGGUCCAUCCAGGCCACCAGCCAGCGCGCAAGCCGAGGAGGAGGAGGACGAUGAUGAAGACGACUGA